UCUGCGCACGGACAUCGAUCGAGGCUCACGUUCCGCAUUUACCGCAUCCGUCCUGUUCUCUCAUUCUCACACACUCUUCUAUUUCCUUCCUUCCUUCCUUCUUUCCUUUCUUCCUUCCUUCCUCCUUCUUCUUCCUUCCGUAACUUCCGUUCUCGAGAUAUUAUCGGAAUACAAUACGCGUGUCGCAUUUGAAAUUCUCGAUCGUCGAUCAUCGAUCAUCGAUCUUUUUCAGUCUUCUUUUCUUUUUGAGGGGGCUUUUUUACGUUCUUUUUUUUUCUUCGUAUUUUUCUUUUCUUCCCUUCCUUGUGUUUUGGUGAAGAGACAUAACGAAUACUUUCUUGUGAAUUUGUGUGCAAAGGACGAAGACAGAAAGAGGGUGGAAGAGAGAGAGAGAGAGAGAGAGAGAGAGAGAGAGAGAGAGAGAGAAAAAUUGAUAUAUUUUAUCUUAUGGUUUUUCCUACAAAUUAAAUCCAAUCGAUGCAAUCAAUCGCAAGAAGAUGAUCUAAAGACGAUGAAUCUUCGUUGAUCCUGUUAUUUCCGAUUCUCAAAGAGCUGGUCGGCUGAAUCGAAUACGCGGAGUAUGUAUCGCGGCACGUGCGUUACGUGAAACCAUGCAAUAUUCGUCGAUGGCAUAAAAGUGCAUACGCGAGCGUGCAGUUCCUACACGCUGUACGGCAGCCUCCGUCAGGGACUUUCUCCAGCCUGGGGCAUUUGCGCGCGUGAUCGCACUAGUACUAGAAGAGCGAUGUUCAAACGAUUAUCGAAAUCGAGGCGUCAUAGUGCCGAUGACGUCGGUCUUUCUUUACCGAGAAGCACGAAUCUCGAGGAAUCGGAGACUCAGCCGAGUAUCAGUACGAUUCCAGUUUCUCGCGACAAUUCCCAAGGAUUGAGUCCUGCGGCUUUACUUAGGAUCUCCAGGACGAAAUACAGCCGAAGAAGUUGCGGCGAUGCUACAGCGAUGCAAGCGUUACUUUCUUCGAAGCAGGACGAGGAGCAGGAGGUCGUUGAGGUUGACUACCGGAGUGACUAUCAGACCGACUAUCAGAUGGUCACUGCUGUGCCAGCGUUCAUCGUCGAGCAUGAGCCCGAAAAGCAACGAGGGUCAAGCUUAGGAGUCUGGGGCCGUAGGAUGAGCAAAAAGAUAGACUCCUUUCGUAGAGCUGGUUCCCGUGAAACGAUUUGUUCCCUAGAAAGAUCCGAUCCCAGCGGCAACAAUAAUAAUAAUGAAUCUAAUAACAAUAAUAACAACAAUGGUAAUAUAAAUCCUACGUUGAACAAGACGACGUUACAACAGAAGACAGAUUCGAAGGUGGACUCGAAAAGGUUAUCAGGAAAUUCACAGAGAUCACCGUCGCCGUUCAAAUCAUUUUUCAUUCGUAUGGGUUCGACCGGUAUGUUAAAUUCUACGAGAAUCAACAGACGUUCAGCGAACGUCGAUGUAAGUUCGAAAUCAACGGAGAAAGAGAAUUUAUUUAGAAGUUGCAGUACAAGUCAAUUGAAUACAAGUCCUACUUACGUUAAGGGCGAUGAUCCAUCCGAAGGAAUCGAUCUACGGAUCGCGGCACGUAAGGAUAAAACAGUAUCCUGCGACGAUUUAGCCGGUCGACGAAAUGACGAUGUCUUUGACGAUCCGAACGAUGACGUUUCACCGUCCGUAUGCCAAUCAGGAAGUCUUUCGGGUAGUCCAACUGGUAGCCCAUCGGUGAGUCCCACGGGAAGUCCAUCGACUAGGAACAAUUUCAAACCAUGCGAUUUUGGACGAUCAAGAAUGGAAUCGGCAAUGAGAAAAAGUAGUAGCUGUGAUUUCAAAGAGGCCAAGAAAUCUAGUUUCCCGUAUGCUUUUCUAAGAUCAAAGUUAUCCGUUUUGCCUGAGGAACGUCACAGUUCAUUCGUUUCGAAGGACGAAAGAUUGUUCAAAACGGCAUCGGAGGAACAUUUUCCAGCGUUGAAGAUCGAAGACUCUUACACCGGUACGACGACGUUAGGACGUAAACGAUCUAGAAAUGGUAAUAUGGGUCGUGGUAAUGUUUCGAGGUAUCAAGAGACGCCAAAGCCUCCGAGGAAUUCCUAUGUGGAAUUUAAAAAAAAACAGGAAAGAUAUAGUCUAAAUCCGAGCGAACUCGAGCGCAUCGAGGAUACGUUUAAUCAUGAAGAUUCGGCGCGUUACGGUGCAUACGGUAACGUUAGUCCAAUGUCACUUGGACGAGGAAAUCCAAGUAUUCAUCGAUCCGAGAUCAAUCAAGAUAGAUUGGAUUUUCCUGUUAGAACAAUGGAUCUUAGAUUUUCGGAGACAUCUUCAUUGAACGUAGAACUCGAUGUUACGGCUACAUUGAGAAUCGACAGAAGGAAUUCAGCGCCAAGCGGUGAGCAAAGGUUAUCGUCUCAUUACGUGAGCUCGAACGAGUCCGGUUACGACAGUGACGGUCCUAGGGGUGAAUCCGCAGCCGCGUCGGAGAACGAAGCUUUAAGUUUGAAAUGUACAGAUAGCUCGGACACCAGUAGCGUUAUCGAUUCGGAAUUGGAAAAGCCCAUAAGAAGUUCAACCCCAAGCGAGUGUCAAGAUCAAGAACAGAAAGAAUUGAGGAAGGGUUCGGCGACUGAAACGAGAAUUGAUUCCUCAGAAAUAGGUGAUGUAAUAGACGGCUUAAGAUGGCAUCAGAGUACCUCUGGUAGAUUGUUACCGAGCAUCCAUCAGACAUCGUUCGAUAAUACCAAUACGAAUUCUCAUUUUCCUAUCUGCGGCGAUGGUUCAAGCAAUAUAGUCAACGUAACGAAACCACUUGACGUGUCACCGCAUCGGAUAAGAUUGCAACAAGAUAAGACUCGUUUUCUCAGCGAUAUCAUACAGCCACCAAAGAGAGUUAGACGUUGUCGUAUAGUUCAACUUCAGAAGAGAGAUCCAAAAGAGAGUUUGGGAAUACGAUUGGCUCAGCAAAGACUCGGAGAGAUCCGUUAUAUAGUCGUACAACUAGAAAGCGAUGGUAUAGCACAUAGGGACGGUAGGCUAAGACUCGGUGACGAGAUCGUUGAAGUCGAAGGGAAGGAGUUACGAACUCUUGAGAGUCUUGAGGAGGUCCAAGAGUUCCUUAGAUCGUUUACAGGAAAUAAGAUAAGAUUGAUGACAGCUUAUGAGGAAACGGUGCCCCAGGUCUAUGUAGCACCGCCAACGCCAACGUCAGCCGCUCUACCUGGCGAGUAUGAGUAUCUUGAAAAUGCGAAGAAUCUUUCGAAUAUGUCGUUGAUAGACGACAAAUCGAAGGAAAGUUUAUCGAAAGACAGUAAGGUCAAUGAGGAUACAACACGAUCUAGCAAACGACCUGACUUUCUACCCCUCUCCUCCCUGUCGAAGAAUCAUCGAAAGGACUCGGAGAAUGGUUUCGAGGCUAACACCGAAUCUCAGCACUAUCUGACGAAACACGUGGCGAAGUUUGAAAAGGGCUACGGGAAGCCAAGUUUAGGAUUUAGCGUUGUAGGUGGAAGGGACAGUCCGCGCGGUGAAAUGGGCAUUUUCGUCAGACGUGUCUUUCCAGGUGGACAAGCCGACGUAUCCAAGUCGUUGUUCCAAGGCGACGAAAUCGUGAGUUUGAAUGGGAAGAUCUUGAAGGGUCACACGCAUCAGGAAGUGAUCGAAUUAUUCAAAGCUGUUAGGGAAGGUCCGGUCGAGUUAGAAAUAACGAGGCGACACAGGUAUCCUAAGAGCACCUUGAAAUCGACGCCGUAUUAAAAAAAGAAAAAGAUAAAGAGAGAACAAAGAAACAAAAAAUAAAAAGGAAAAAAACGAGGCUAUAUUAAACAACGACGCGAAACUGCCCACCGGAAGUGCUCUUUCGAAUUUAAUUCUAAGCGAACGUAACGUGGCGCAAACGACCUACGAAGUUUUAGGAUUCUAGUCUUUCACGAAAAAAGAAGCAAAAAG